UUUUGGAGGUAAUACCCUACUCCUACAUGAAGUCCAUUUAGACAUAGUCCUUGGAAAAUUUCAAGAGAAACAAAGAACUUGGAGAAAUAUUUAUUCUGCUUGCCUUAAGGUAUCCCUUCCUGUUGCCUGCUUUCUCUCAGAUCUGUAUUAUCUUCAGAAACUCAUAAAAAGUGGUUCAUCAUGGGAAGAACAGCACUGUUUGAUUUCACUCCUACAACUUUUCAGUUACAUUAUCCAGUGAGAGAGUCAUCAGAAACAACUGUCACUAUCAGAGGGCAGAAACUGCCAUGAUUUACAAAGGCAAGAAGUGAUUUUCCUGAAUCACAGGAUGACUCAGGGGGAAUUUCCUUGUAGAGACAAGAGAAGAGGAAUUUGGCAAGCCACACACUGGCACAUAAAGCUUCUGCUCCGAGCUGUUUCAAGGACGUUGUCUGACCUUCAUGCCUCAGGCCAACCUGCUUUUUCCAGGAUGGACCCUGAAGCUGCCCGGCUGGAGAAGCAGCGCGUGCAUGAUGUGUACGAGAGCACCGCCCCGUACUUCAGGGACCUGCAGAGCAAAGCCUGGCCUCGGGUCUGCCAGUUUCUCCAGGACCAGAAGCCCGGCAGCCUCAUCGCCGACAUCGGUUGUGGAACUGGAAAGUAUCUUAAAGUGAACAGCCAGGUCCAUAUCCUGGGCUGUGACUACUGUGGCCCAUUGGUAGAGAUUGCCCGGAAUAGAGGGUGUGAGGUCAUGGUGUGUGACAACCUUAACCUCCCCUUUAGGGAUCAGGGCUUCGAUGCCAUCAUCUCCAUAGGAGUCAUACAUCAUUUUUCUACAAAACAAAGAAGAAUCAGAGCAAUAAAAGAAAUGGCCAGGGUCUUAGUUCCUGGAGGCCAACUGAUGAUUUAUGUUUGGGCAAUGGAACAAAAGAACCGCCGCUUUGAGAAACAAGAUGUUCUUGUUCCAUGGAAUAGAGCCUUAUGUUCCCAGCUUUUCUCAGAACACAGCCCGUCCGGGAGAAAGAGGCAGUGUGGACGUCCAGAAACAAGCCAUCCCUGCCAUGCUCCUUGCUCUGAAUGGAGCUGUUCAAUUUGCUUUAAAGAACGAUGGGAUUCAAAACGGUCCCAUAGCUUGGACUCUGAACCUGUCAUGACUACAACCUGUUGUGGAAGUAUUCUGAAGGAAGGUGAAGGAGAAAACAGAUUUUAUAACACUUUAGGAAAAUCUUUUCGUUCCUGGUUUUUCUCCAGAUCUUUGGAUGAAUCCACUCUGAGGAAGCAAAUUGAAAAAGUGAGACCUUUGAGAACCACAGAAAGCUGGGCCAAUAACACAGUAUCAGUGCAGCCUUCCAGACACCAAGACUUUGAUCACCAAGAGCCAUUUUCAACAAAAGAGCCAAAUGAAGAUGAGGAAGUGUUUCUGGAAACUUCUCAGAAACACUUGGAGUGGUUGAGAGCACCAGGUACUUCAAAGCAUUUCAGAGGAGACCAAGAAGUAAAUAGAAGAAAUGGAGGGGAGAUUUUUCUGCCUCCCACUAAUACUGGUGAGAACUGUGCGGAUGCAGAUGACUUAAAGAAUGGCUAUCCUUCUGGUGGUGAAAUACUGAGAGGAAUUUCUGCCGUCAGUGCCACCGAUUCCAACCCCGGUGACACAAUUUCUGUUGACAAACAACAGCCCAGCAUUUUGGAUUCAGGAGCCUUUAUGCGCUACUACCAUGUAUUUCGAGAAGGCGAGCUCUGUGGUCUCCUGCAGGAGAAUGUGUCAGAACUGCAUAUUCUGAGCUCUGGAAAUGAUCAUGGCAACUGGUGUAUCGUUGCAGAGAAAAAAGAAAAAUUAUAAUUAAUUGGAUCAUUUUGGUCAACUUCUCCAAAAGACAAACCAUUAUCUUUUUACUAGCAUUGAAAGCAAAAUGCUAGAUGUUAUCUAAACUAGCAUCCAAUUUUAUUAUAUUUUAAAAUCUAUGUAUGCUUUGGUUUAGAGACCAAGAAUUGAUCGUCUUUUUAA